CCAUGUACCUCAAGCAUCUUCCAGUGCCAUCAUUAUCAUUAUCAUCGAAUUAUCAAUUCUAUUCUCAACUAUCAUCAUUAUAAUAGAGAAUUCAAAGCAUCUUUCUUCCAAUCUAACGACGCAUGACACAUCAUCGUCUUGCUGCGUUUUUCGAGACAAUUGAAGCGAAUAACAAACUAAACCAUAACAUAGCUUCGCACCACUCUAUGACAACGUAUCGAAGUACUGAAGUAUUGAUUUCGAAACCACAAUAGACAAGAAAGAACGAUGAUGAGAUCGAGUGACAYAGCAGACGGAUGGUGUGCUAAAUACAGAAACAACGACAUCAAAUCCAAUUUACGUCGAAUGGACCGGGAUAUUUAUACGAAAAGAACAACAUCAACUAUGCCCUCGAGAACUGAGGACCGGAGAACAAACAAAAGAUGCAAUACCAGCCACUACCACCGAUUGCUGUUGCUAGCACCGAUGUUGUCAUUGUUGCUGCUGAUGACUACGCACAAAAAGACAUUCAUCCAACUUACGAACGGAUUUGUCUUCGUUUCUCCCGUUUCCAGAAAACUAUCCCGAAACUAUUCCAGUUAUAGAUCCAGCCAUGAACCGCUUCUCGCACCAACAGCAAYGGGGCCUACAACAACAAUGCAACGCGUUACGUGCCUAUUUUCGAAACCUACACCAGAAGAUCGGCCCGCCGAUUCAGCUAGCCGCCGUCGAUCCUCUGGGUUUCGAGACAACGUUAAGCGAUUGUUUACAUCCCGAAGCAUCAUCGGUGGUAGCACCAGCACCAGCACCAGCAACGAUGUAUCCCCUUCUCCUCCUGCUACCGAUGGGAAAAAGGCACAGGAAAAACCGUUCAAUCCGCACCAAUCGAAAGUCGAUCUCGCCUUUGCUCCGGUCGAAGCCUCUCUCAACGAACUGGAAGAAUCCCUUCGAUCGGCGAGGUUAGCCCUGAACAAGGUCAAGCAGGAAUCGGUAGCUGCCCUCGAAGCCAUGGAGAUGAUUGCAGCUGUCGGCGGGAAGGAAUCCAUUAGUGCAGCGGCAGCUGAAGGCGAGAACGAGGAAGRCUUGGUCGACCUCUCCGAGCUUACCUUCGACGACAUAGACUAUGGGUCUAGCGCUAUGGCACCACCCUUUUUAGAUCCCGACUCCUGCCUGCUGCCGGACGCCGAACCAGUUGUACGCAUCGAAAAGGCACCGGAAAACUCGAGGCGAAUUUUUGCCGGCAUAGACAUUUUGGCUUCGGCGGACGACGUCUGGAACGUGAGUUGGGAUUGUUGUAUGGCAUCACAUCACGGUUGUUGAAUAGCAUGAUGGUGCAGAUCAUAGAACGAUGUUGUCUAUUCGAGGUCGUCCGGUAUUGCAUGCUAUGCAACAGCAUCCUCUGCUCCGAUUCCGGCACUUGUUUCAUUGUCGUCGAUUAACAUUCUACUGUUUUUGUUUUGUUUCUGGUCCGUUCUGUCAAUGUAUUGCAUGGCAUUAUAUUCAGGUAUUAACCAAUUAUGGCGAGCUGCAAAAYGUGAUUCCAAACUUGGUCGUGAACGAUGUUUUGGAGCUUUAUGAUGGCAGCGAUGAAACCAAAAGCAUCGAUGCUAUCGCCGGUGACGAAGCGGUUCCGGAAGAAGUCCGCUGCGAAAAGUUGGCGAAUACCAAAAAGGGAUCCCUUCUCCGGCAGGUUGGUGGUGCCAAGGUUGCCGGGAUUCAGUUUUCUGCCCGCACUACUCUUGAGGUCCGGGAGUGGCCAACCGGCAUGCCCGACUUUGCACAUUUUCUAGAUGACGUCUGGGAGGGAGAGUCCCGAGAGGCUCGGGCYGGAGUCUUGAAGGACACCAAGCUGAAGCGCUACCGAUUUCCCCGCCCCUUUUGCGUGGGUGACAAAAAACUUCCGACGAAGGACAUUUCCAUGCAGUCCAUCGUGGGAGACGACGGCGAGUUUCGAUUGUACCAGGGUGUCUGGAGGAUGCAGCCGCUGGUCGGGUGUUCUCCCCCUGGGAAAGAGGCCAUGCGACUGACCUACGCGGUAGAGAUCUCUCCAAGGCCUUACCUUCCGGUGCGAUUAGUGGAGGGACGGAUUGUUGCCGACCUCUGUUCCAACUUGGAGGCGAUUCGGGCUGCCGUCACAUCACCAUAAACAAACCAAUUUGUCAAAAUACUGCUGUGGACGGAAUAAGCUUUACCAAAUCAACAUUACGCUUCAAAAUGAAGAAAAAUGAAGCAAAAAGAUUGUCACUCCACGUUCAUUGAACUUUUCUCAUGUUUUCAAUCCGAUGAUGUCUUCRGAAAAAUGUGACAUACGUUAGUACGGCACAUAUACCGAGUGSCAUUCUUCACGCUUCCAUUGGCAUUCUUUACGCUUCCGUUGCCAGAGGCUCGAUUGAUACCUUCGUUUGCUGGAUAUCUAGCCUGACCUUCAACAGGCCUUCGGGAAUAUAUUUUGGYUUUUUCACGAUACAAUGUGGUACUGAGCAUGAUAAUUCUUAUUGGGUAGGGCAACAGUUGGCAAGAAAUCGUAUCAAACGACGUGUACUUGAAACAAAGGACAAAGAGUGCCAAAAUUCAUCGAAAUGGGUCAUUUAUUCAAUCAAUGACGUGACACAACGUGACUUCGGUCCACAAAUGCGCAGCCGCAACGAACAAAAAGAAUGAUAGCAUCAUUUCAAAUUUCGCAGUACUUUCAAAAGAUAUCAUAACCUCUCAUCCAUACGGACGAUUUCUUUAUCUUAGGCUUCAAAUUAUCUUUU